AUGAAGACCCUCCUCUCAACAACAACUCUCCUCCUGGCCGCCCUGCUACCACAAGUGGCCACCGCCCAAUUGCAAUGCCAACAGUUUGGAUCCGACACCUUUCGAGUCGGCUCGACGAUCAAGUACCUCUGGACAGGAGCCGACUCAAUCCCCUCGUUCAACAUUGACCUGUACUGCUACGAGAACAACAAGUAUAUACAGACGAUUGCGACGAUUGAUACCUCGUUGGUUGCUUCGAACUAUUCGUGGGUCGUUGAUCAGUCUAUUACCACCAAUCUUGCCCAAUGUCAGUUUAACCAAUACCAAGGCCGUUACACAUGGAACACAACCGACGAAGCAACAGGAGCUUUAACACAAGGAUCAGCGCCCUGCAAAAUCAUGCUCCUCGUCGGCCCCGGCGUCGUCACCAAUCCCUCUCAACCAAGCCCCUCCGACCCAUCAUCCCCCAGCGGUCCUGACGAAGACCUCCCUAUUGGCCAGAUCGAGAUCACGGACAAGACCAAGAAGAUUGUCAUUGGUGUCGGAUGUGCAGUCGGCGCGCUUAUCCUUGCAGGAUUCGUGGGCUUUUACUACGUCCGGUUCAAGAAUAGACGUGCUGUCGAGAAAUCGGCCAACCGGAAACUGAGAGAGCCUUUGCAGCCGGAUCAGUCACGUCCUGGUAUGGGCCCCGGCGCGGCGGCGAGUCAUGCUCGGUAUAACGAGUUGGGCAGUGUUACGACUAGUGUUGCCGGGUAUUCCCCACUCCAGAGGCCGGGCGAGAUGGUCGAGUUGGGCGGCAUGCCUCCUGCACCUUCUUCAGGUGAUUCUUUAUCGUCAAGACCUCAGAGCGUUGAUUACCGCUCCGGAUCCCCAACACCUAUCGCAUCCCGCCAUGCUGCCAACUCUUCAGGACUCCUGGUCCAGCCCAGCGGAAGCUUUAUCAGCGACCGACCUCCAUCCCUUCUCACCAGCUCAUUCAUCCCACCAGCCGAAGACCCCAACCCCUUCCAAUCGCGUCCCAGCGGCCGUGCGCCUCCUCCACCCCCCUCUAGAACACAGCACGAGGGUGAGGAACGCCAAUUGUACGAACAACAGUUCCAGCAACAGCAACAACAGCAGCAACAGCAGAUCCAACAAGAGCAGAUGCAUCAGCAGCAGCAACAACAGAGUUAUGCCGCAUACCAGUAUUAG